AGAGGGAGAGAGAGCAUCUCGUUCACAGCUCCAAACCGAGCUCUUACUUUUGAAGUUAAGCCUUUUCACAAGUCUUUUAUUUUGUAAUGACCUGAAGAAAGGUCAUUGGAAGAGAGGUCGGUCUUCCAGAAAGGUUAUUGUGGGAUGCUUGGCUGGAGGAGGGCAGGAAUUCCUUUCAGUGCCUCCCAGACACUCAGGAAUCACCAGAAACAGAUCCACCCUUCUUCAUCUCAAAGAGGACUUUUAUUUCAUGCUUUCUUUUCAGAGCGACUUCAACAGACGCACUUCAGAUUCAUGAAGACUUUUAGUCCUUUCUAACCUUUUUUUCAGACUUUGUCUGACCCUUUAUUUUCUCGUUUCUUUUGCAUAUUGUUGCGGGGGGGUGUAUCCCCACUGAACCCAGGGGUUCAUCACACACACACACACACACACACACCGACCGGGUUUGGCGUGGAGACGGGGUCCCUAGCAGCGGUUGCCUUGGGUCGGGUGUGCCUGGCGUUUCCAUAGCAACCAUGCUGCGUUGCGUCCUGCAGCGGGCGUACAACCUCCGCCACUCGGACCCCCUGGCGGGAGUGACCUUCAGAGGCACCAAGAAAAAGACCAAGGUUGUCAAGAACAACCCUAACCCAGUGUGGAAUGAGGGUUUUGAGUGGGACCUGAAGGGAAUUCCUCUGGAUUCCGCAGCAGAGAUCCACUGUGUGGUUAAAGACCACGAGAAGAUGGGGAGGAACAGGUUCCUGGGUGAGAGCAGGGUGUCUCUCAGGGAUGUCCUCAACUCUCCAAACCUGGCGGCUUGCUUCACCGUGUCCCUGAUGGACACCAAGAGGAACAACACUGGAGCCACGCUAAGCCUGCAGGUUUCCUACAUCCCUCCCCCCGGAGCAGCGCCCAUCUACCAGCCUCCCGCCCAGCCUGAGCCCUCCCACUACAGCAACCCCCACGUAGAGCUGGACACCAUCACAAUGAUCUCCAUGGACACCAUGGGGGAGGAGGACACAGAGAGCAUGCUGAUGCUGGAGCCCAGCGAGGAGCAGGGCCUGGACGACGGGGGCCGCUCCCUGGUGGACUCGGGCCCCCAGGGGCCCCAGGGCAGGGAGACCCCCACCGCCCAGACCCCCAAGAGACCCCCACCCUCCUACAAAGCCCAGGCCGGCCUGAGGAAGAGGAGGAGGGGGGCCGGCAGCCAGAACAGAGCCCUCCCCAACAAGCCCCAGGACCUGCAGGUGCGUGUGCGGAUCAUCGAGGGGAGACAGUUGCCGGGCAUCAAUAUCCAACCAGUCGUCAAGGUAACCGUUGCCGGGCAGACCAAGAGGACCUGCAUCCGUAAGGGGAACAACCCUGUGUUUGAUGAGACCUUCUUCCUGAACUUCUUUGAGACACCCUCCGACCUGUUUGACGAGCCAAUCUUCAUCACCGUGUGCGACUCUCGCAUGCUGAGGCAUGAUGCUGUCAUUGGAGAAUUUAAGCUGGAUGUGGGGACAGUCUACAGUGAGCACAGACACUGCUUCCUGAGGAAGUGGCUGCUGCUCAGUGACCCUGACGACCUCUCGGCAGGGGUCAAAGGUUACGUGAAGGUCAGCCUGUUGGUGCUGGCGGCGGGAGACGAACCCCCGGUGGACCAGAAGGAGUGUGUGGAGGAGAAGGAGGACAUCGAGGGGAACCUCCUGAGACCGGCCGGUCUGACCCUCAGAGGAGCGCAGUUCUCCCUCAGAGUCUUCAGAGCUGAAGACCUCCCUCAGAUGGACGAUGCCUUCAUGGACGGGAUGAGGCAGAUCCUGGGCUUCGACAGCAACAGGAAGAAUCUCGUUGACCCGCUGGUAGAGGUCCACUUUGCAGGCAAAACCAUCUGCACCAAAGUGCUGGAGAAGAGCGCCAACCCCCAGUGGAACCAGUGCCUGUCCAUGCCCAUCAGGUUUCCCUCCAUGUGUGAGAAGAUGAGGCUCAGAGUUCUCGACUGGGACCGGGCGAGUCACAAUGACAUCAUCGGCACCGCCCACCUGUGCAUGUCCAAGAUAUCAGCCCCUGGUGGAGAGAUCGAUGAUGAGCCGUCUUCUAGGAGUCUCCAGUCUGCCAUGGACGACAGUCUGGGUUUCCUGCCAACCUUCGGGCCCAGCUGGGUCAACCUGUACGGGAGUCCGAGAGAGUUCCACACCUUCAACGACCCCCACCACACCCUCAACCUGGGGAAGGGUGAGGGCGUGUCGUACCGUGGCCGUGUCCUGGUGGAGCUGAGCACCAAGCUGGUGGAGCGGCUGGAGCAGAGGACGGAGGACAUCCCCUCAGAUGACCUGCUGGUGGUGGAGAAGUUCCUGAGGAAGAGGAAGUUCUCUCUGUUCGCGGCGUUCUACUCCGCCACGCUCCUUCAGGACGUAGACGACGCUGUCCAAUUCGAGGUCAGCAUCGGUAACUACGGCAACAAGUUUGACUACACCUGCCUGCCGCUGGCUUCCACCACCCAGUUCAGCCGAGCCGUGUUUGACGGUAGGUCUGAGGUGUGUGUGUGUGUGUGUGUGUGUGUGUGUGUGUGUGUGUGUGAGUGUGUGUGUGUGUUUCCAGAUGAUGGUAAGCCUCUGAACCCCCACCUCGGACCCCUGAUGGAGAGACUGUCUCUCCUCAUCCUGAGGGGCCUGGGUUUGAUUCCCGAACACGUUGAGACCAGACCACUGUACAGCCCUCUGCAGCCAGAGAUACAGCAGGGGAGGCUGAUGAUGUGGGUGGAUGUGUUCCCCAAGUCCCUCGGACCCCCUGGACCGCCGUUCAACAUCACCCAGCGCAAAGCCAAAAAGUUCUUUCUGCGCUGCAUCAUCUGGAACACCGUUGACGUCAUCCUGGACGACGUCAGCAUCAGUGGAGAGAAGAUGAGUGACAUCUAUGUCAAGGGGUGGCUUCACGGGCACGAGCACAACAAGCAGAAAACAGACGUGCACUACCGCUCGCUGGGAGGAGAAGGAAACUUCAACUACCGACUCCUCUUCCCCUUCCACUACCUGCCCGCUGAGCAGCUCUGCUCUGUCGAUAGGAAGGAACACUUCUGGAGUGUGGAUAAGACGGAGAAGAAGAUUGCUCCUAAACUCACCAUCCAGAUCUGGGACAAUGACAAGUUCUCCUUUGACGAUUACCUUGGUCACCUGGAGAUGGACCUGAACAGCAUGCUGCGGCCGGCCAAGAGCUCGGUGAAGUGCGGGCUGGAGAUGCUGCAGCAGACCGCCGACCAACGCGUCUCGCUGUUCCAGCAGAAGAGCGUGAAGGGCUGGUGGCCGUGCAGCUGCCAGCUCAACGGGGCGACCACACUCGCUGGGAAGGUGGAGAUGUCUCUGGAGGUGGUGUCAGAGGAGGAGCAGGAGGAGCGACCGGCAGGCGUGGGGAGAGACGAGCCCAACAUGAACCCCCACCUGGAGGAGCCCAAGCGUCCAGACACCUCCUUCCUGUGGUUCUCCUCUCCCUAUAAGACCAUGCGCUUCAUCCUGUGGACGAGGUUCAAGUGGUUCAUCCUCCUCUUCAUCAUCCUCUUCCUCGUCUUCCUCUUCUUCGGUGUCUUCCUCUACUCCUUCCCCAACUACGCCGCCAUGAAGAUGGUGGGGCCGUUCGGACCCGCCAAGGCAGCCCAGUGAUGAUGUCAUCAGGACGCGACUCCUUGGAGAUGAUGACCGAUGAGAGGGAACGGUCGAUGGUUGCCAUAGCGCUGCACAUACAGUGGAUUGAGGUUUUGGAUUUGGGUUUUUGUGUGUGUUUGUGUAAGUCGAUUGUGCCAUUAUUGGUCAUUUGGGUGUCAGCUUUCGUUUUUUAGUCGACUUUGCCACUUGAAUCGUCUAUUCAUAUGUAGAAUAUUAUGAUUUCAUUCAGUGAGUUUUCAUUGUUACGAUUGAAUCCCGGUAGUCUGUUAAAUUUUUCUGUGUCUGAUAACCAAUCAGAAACCACCUCUACUUCUAAGGAGUAUUACAUGGUUUACUUCUAAACUUAAGGGCAAUCCCGAAAAAUAUGUUAAUCGAUGUUGGAUGUUGUUGUUCUGCCAUCACAACCACAUCAAUUACAAUAUGUAUAACAUCCAGUAUAAGUGGAGGUAAAGACUAUUAUCACUAUCUACAGACUUGAAAAUAUUGAAAAGAGUGUUUAGUGUUCAUCCUGAUAUGAAGAGUUGCUGUUUUUGCAUUAUUAGGGUAGCAGUAUGUUUAAAUUUUUUCUUUGAUAGCUUUAAUAGUUGACCGAGCUUAAACUCAUUGAACCUUAAACCUAAAAUCAGCCUAACACUGCUGCUAUAGCCAUGAAAGCCUUAACCUCACUUUACAAAUGCAAAGUAGAAACGCUCUAUGCUAACAUGCUAGUUGUUGCUUUGGUAAAAACCGAAUCAAAACCAAAAAAGCCUCAGGCAUCCUUUCCCCUUCGUUCCAUAAUAAUAUCUGCCUUGAGAACAAAUAUUUACCCUUCACACUUUUACCUAACAGGACUAAUCAACACAUUGCGGAUGUAUCAAUGAGUGUUGAACCAUCCAUAUUUGUUACAAGCCUCAGCCGCAAUCUAAUCUGGCAUGUCAAAACUUUUGAGCGAUAGCAGCACAUCCGAGUAGCCCAACAUUAUCAUAUCCGAUGUUAGCGCCUACUGUGCUAGGCUCAACAGCGUUGCUGAUGCUAACGGCUGUAUGCAUUGUGGGAGAUGUUGUCUGACAGCGUGUUGUUAGCCAGUUGUUUCCGUGUGUUUUUGGAAUCCACAGACUGAAUGUAUUCUUCAUUUAUUCACUUCACCACAAGCAAUACUGUCUGCACUGGAAGAUCGAAGAGUUAUCAAUAAAGUAUAUAUUUAA